CACACAACCAGCAGCCGGUGGAGUUGGUGCGCCGGGUGGUCGCAUCUCGGACUGUCCCGCUUGGUCAGAGUUUCCCUUCUCCUGGUUUAUAUUUACCCAAAGGAUUUCUUUUUUCUUUUCUUUUCUUUUUUCUUUUCCUUUUCUUUCUUUUUUUUUUUUUUUUUAAUUUUUAAUCAUAUACAGGACGACGACAGCACGCUCAAGAGGUAACAUUCUAACAGAGCCUCUUUGACAACUUAUCAUCGUGGUACAAACAUGACGGAGGUGGCGCAGGUUGCGGUUGUAGUCGCUCACGAUGUUGAUGAUGUCACAAAUGAAAAUGAGCACAGCGUGAGCGACGCAGAAAACAAGGAAGAUGAUAUGACACAUGAGGAGGACGAUGCGGCAGUUAAUGAAGAUGACGACACUGGGGAGGAAAGUGAGAAGACGUUACACAAAGAAGACAAAGAGCCCUGCCACAUGAAUGAUGAAGAAAGUAAUGAGACUGACAAGCCACAUAUGAACGGUGUGGAGCACAAAGAAGACGAAACUGCCGAUAAGAAAAGUGAAAGAUCAGAAGCUGUUAAUGGCGUAGCACGGGACAGAGAGAAGGAGGAGGAUGCACAGCCUGAAACAAAUGAAGACCAGAAUAUGUCUGAUUUGGCACUUAAGAAAGAGAAAUUUCUCAGAUCCAGAAAGCCGGUUGCCAGAAGCUACGUGCCCAAGCUGAACAAAGACAAGGGGGAUGUGACGAGCAAGUUCGCGGCCAUGCAGAAGGCCAGGGAGGAGCGCAGCAGGCAGAGGAACAAGGAGGAGCAGCAGAAGAGGAAAGCGCAAUUCAUCAAGGAGAGAGAGUGGAAUCGCAGGAAGCAGCAGAUAAAAGAACUACUCGCUUCCAGUGAUGAGGAGGAAGAGGUGAAGCCAGCGAAGGCAGAAAAAUCCUACGUCCCCAAAAUCACAGGCAGUGUGAAGGGGAAGUUUGCAGAAAUGGAAAACAAGAGACAAGAGGAGGAAAGGAAGAGGAUGGAAGAAGAGAGGAAGAAAAGGGAAGCCCAGGACAAAAUGGAAAAAGCCAAAAUCAAGAAGGAAUUGGCUCAGAAAGCAGCUGAGGAAGGAGAUGACACAAUCCUUGUACGGGUGGUCCCAGCGAAGCCAUCACGACCCCCGGGCAGAAUCAAGCUGAACUUUGAGGACAUGGAGAAAAAUCGAGAGGAGGAACUGAAGAAGAAGGCAGAGGAGGAGAAAAAGAGACAGUACGAUGAAAACAGACGUUCCUUCAGGGAAGCCAAGCGGCGCUCGCUUGUUCAACAGGAUGAAGAGGAGAAGCCCUCUGAGAAGCUGCAGGUGACUCCUGGAAAGCUGAAGAUGACAUUUGAAGAGCUGGAGAAGGAAAGGCAGGAGCAGAGGAGGAAGCAGGCUGAGGAGGAAGCCAAACGACGCCUGAUAGAGGAGAAGAAAGCUUUUGAGGAGGCCAGGCUGGGAAUGGGAGAAGAUGAGGGAGACCCUCAGCCAUCUCAGGAAGACAAGGAGGAGUUCCGACCUGGAAAGCUGAGGUUGAGCUUUGAAGAGCUGGAGAGGCAAAGAGUUGAAGAGGAGCGCAGGAAAGCUGAGGAGGAGGCCAAGAGACGGAUGGAGGAGGAGAGAAGAGCUUUCGCUGAAGCCAGGAAGAGCAUGCUUGUAGAUGAGGAUGACGAAGCGCUGAUGGCCUUGUUGAACCUGGAGGGCAGUGAGCCUGGGAAGAUAUGCGCCAGUUUCGAGGACCUGGAGCGCCAGAGAAGAGAGGAAGAGCAGAAGAAGGCCGAGGAGGAGGCCAAGAAGAGAUUGGAAGAGGAGAAGAGGCUCUUUGCUGAGGCCCGCAAGACCAUGAGCCCUGGCCUGGAUCAGGAAAAUUCUGCAUAUGGAGAUGAAACAGCACCAGAUGAGGAAGAAGGGUUGGUGAAGAGUGAGUCUCAGGAAGCACUGCACCCUAGAAAACUGGAGAUCAACUUUGAAGAGCUGCUGAAAGAGAAGGAGGAAGCUGAGAGAAGACGUAAGGCGGAGGAACGCAAAAAGAAACUGGAGCAGGAGAAGCAGGAAUUUGAACAACUCAGACAAGAGAUGGGCGAGGAGGAAAUAAAUGAAAGCUCGGAUGUUGUAAGCAAAGAGUAUGAAGAGCUGACUAAGCUCAAGAGGACCGGCUCCAUCCAGGCCAAAAAUCUCAAGUCCAAGUUUGAGAAGAUCAAACAGCUGACUGAAGAGGAAAUUCAGAAAAAGAUAGAGAUGGAGAGAGCACGGAGGAAGGCCGUUGAUGAUGAAAUUAAAGAGAGAGAAGCUGAGAGGUUCCAGGAAGAGGAUGAGGAAGGAGAAACAACUCUAGUGAGGGCCGAGGAGUCACCGUUCAAACAGAAAGUGGACAUGCGAGCCCGAUUUGAGCAAAUGGCCAAAGCCAGAGAGGAGGAGGAGAGGAGGAGGAUAGAGGAGCAGAAACUGCAGAGGAUGCAGUUUGAGCAGCAAGAGAUUGAUGCUGCCCUCCAAAAAAAAAAGGAGGAUGACGGGGAGGACGAGAGCAGCAUCAUCAAUGGCUCUGCGGCCUAUGAGGAUGAGGAGGAUCAUGCCAGGUCGGGGGCUCCAUGGUUUAAAAAGCCCCUUAAGAAUCAAUCAGUGGUGGACGCGGAGCCGGUUCGGUUCACCGUUAAGAUCACCGGGGAGCCGAAGCCGGAGGUGACCUGGUGGUUUGAGGGAGAGAUGCUCCAGGACUGUGAGGACUAUCAGUAUAUAGAGAGAGGAGAGACGUACUGCCUCUACCUGCCGGAGACCUUCCCAGAGGAUGAGGGAGAGUACAUGUGCAAGGCUGUGAACAGCAGAGGCACAGCAGCAAGUACCUGCAUCCUCACAAUAGAAACUUAUGACUACUGACGCCCUUCUACGUUCUGGAAACUUUCCCUGUUGUCUCUCACUCCUUUUGUAAAACCUUUGCCCCUCAGUGUAUGGUAUGGUCAAAGAGCAGAGGGGAGAAAAUAGCAGUAUGCUUGGCAUUCCUUAGGGAGGGGAUACACACACACACACAAAAAAAGCAAAAUGUUUACGUAUUGCGCAAUUGUAAAGCUUCACUCCCUGUUAGAUGAUACCUGUGCCAAAAACAGACAUGAUUCUUGUUCCCAUGCCAAGGGUUGUACAAAACAAAACAAUCUUCACUGAGAGGCCCUAUUGAUAUUUGUGAUACCAGCAAUUUUCAAGUAUCAGAGUACUGUAAUGUAAAUAUCACACUUUAUGGUCCAUACGCGGGAAACGUGAUGCUUGAGGCAUUGAAAACGGUACAAUGCCGUUGCCUGCUGAUUUUAAAGAACGGGAUAUGGGAAUAUCAGUAAAACAUCUUACAUGCUUGCUUCGGUAUUCUACUACUGCUCAACAACUUCAUCAAUCAGCAUGUAGUUUUCGGUACCCUACCCCAUAUUAGUAAAUGGUAUUGUGAUACUUGCUGGGUAUUAUAUCGAGGGGUAACAUGCUAGUCAUCUCUGUGGGGUUUAUUUACAAUGAUAUGAUAUUGUAAUGGUAGCCGCAUAUUGCAGGAACAAAACAAUUUGAACUUGUGUACAUCCUGAUUUUCAGUGAAACUCUUUAGGUCCAGAUCAUGUGUUUUUUAUUUGCAGCAUAUAAACAAUUUUAAUAUGUUGAUUUCUCAUGCACCAACCCCCCCCUUUUUUUGAGUUAAAUGUAAUACUCUUGAUACAGUUGUCAUAAUUCAGUUGUGCUGGACAGUAGGUAACCGUUUUAUGGUUUGAUAAUGAAAAAAAAAACUUAGGCUAGCCUGAAUAUUUGUCAUAUAUUAUAAAUGAAAAAUGUUUUAAUAAAAUGAACAAAAAUAA